AUCUACUAAGACAUGACAAGAUCAGUUUUCUUCUUAUUCUUCUUCACCGUCUCUCUUAUGCUUAUUUUCACUGCGACAACUGCAUCUGCAGGGAACGUGACAAGUGGGAUUAGUAAUGGUGGCUGUGCUUCCGGAGACACAGUAAGUGAAUGCAUAAAGGCGGUGGUUGAGGAGGAUGAGGAGGGAGUUGAGGCGGUGGUGAGGAGGAUUCUGGAACAACAGAGGAGGAAACUAAGCUACAAAGCUCUGCAGAAGCAGCCAACUUGUAAUGGUAAGAUCGCAGGUAAUUGUAUCGGAAUAGCUAACCGAGGAAACGCACCUUGCACUUACUACAAUAGAUGCAAACGUGCCACUUAGCUAAAUUUUGUUUUAGUUUCUUACCCCUUUUUAUUUGUUCUUUUGUUUAUUCUCUUUUUGAUUAUUAUGUGUGUUCCCUUGUCAAGAGUUUGCUAUAACAAUAAGAUACAAUAAGAGUUAAAGCCUACUUGCAAGUAAUAUAAAGAUGAAAUGAAUAA